CAUCAGCUCUAAGUUUUUAAGAAAAUAAAAUAAAAUAAAAAAUUUCCAAACCCCUCUCCUUUUAAAACCAAACCCAAACCCUAGUAAUCCCAUUUGGUUCGCGAAAUCUGGAUUUGGAUUUUGCUUUUGAUUAAUGGCUGGAGAGCGCAGCAGAGAUAGGGAUCGGGAAAGGGAGAGAAGAGGGCGAAAGGAGAGUGGAGAGGAAAGAGACGGUGAGUAUGGAAGUCGGGACAGGCAUAGGGAGAGAAGACGAGAUAAGAGUGAUAGGGAUAGGGAUAGGCGCAGAAGAUCGGAGAGAGACGACGAUGAUAGGAAGCAAAGAAAGAAGAAAGAGGGUAGGGACGGCCGGUAUGAUAGAGAUAAGGAGAACGAAAAGGAUAGGAGACUCGAAGAUAGUCAAAGGGAAGAGGGGGAGUUGGUUGAGGAUUCCAAAAAAUCCAAUUCGCGUGUGGAGAAUGUGAAUGCGAAUGUUAAUGGUAAUGCAGCUUUGAGUUUGGGAAGAAGUGGAGGUGUUUAUAUCCCGCCUUUUAAGUUGGCAAGGAUGAUGAAGGAGGUGGAAGAUAAAAGCAGUGUUGAGUAUCAGCGUUUGACAUGGGAUGCUCUUCGUAAGAGUAUAAACGGGCUUGUUAACAAGGUUAAUGCUACUAAUAUAAAGAAUAUCAUUCCUGAAUUGUUUGCUGAGAAUAUGAUUAGAGGAAGAGGUCUGUUUUGUCGGUCGUGUAUGAAAUCACAAAUGGCAUCUCCUGGUUUUACCGAUGUGUUUGCAGCUCUGGCUGCUGUUGUUAACACCAAAUUUCCUGAGGUGGGUUUGCUUUUGUUGAGAAGGAUGGUUUUGCAGUUCCAGAGAGCUUAUAAGCGGAAUGACAAGCCACAAUUACUAGCAGCUGUUAAAUUUAUAGCACAUUUAGUAAACCAACAAGUGGCUCAUGAGAUUAUUGCUCUAGAGUUGCUCAUGCUUCUACUGACCAAACCAACCGAUGACAGUGUGGAAGUAGCUGUUGGUUUUGUCACUGAGUGUGGAUCAAUACUUCAAGAUCUCUCACCAAGAGGACUUCAUGGUAUUUUUGAGCGGUUUCGUGGAAUUCUUCAUGAAGGAGAGAUAGACAAACGUGUUCAGUUCUUGAUUGAAGGCCUGUUUGCUAUAAGGAAAGCCAAAUUUCAGGGUUACCCGGCUGUUCGUCCAGAGCUCGACCUUGUAGAGCAGGAAGAUCAGUUUACGCAUGAGAUAUCCCUUGAUGAUAAGGUGGAUCCAGAGAUUACACUUGAUAUUUUCAAACCAGAUCCUCAGUUCCUGGAGAAUGAAAAACGUUAUGAAGAAUUGAAGAAAACGAUCCUCGGUGAGGAGUCUGAUGAUGAAGAAGGCUCUGAUGCAGCUUCAGGUGAUGAGGAUGAUGAUGAUGAUGACAACGAUGAUGAAGAGUCUGAAGAAGAUGAUGAAGAGCAGAUGCAAAUAAAAGAUGAAACUGAAACGAACCUUGUAAAUCUUCGGAGGACAAUUUAUCUAACAAUUAUGUCUAGUGUAGAUUUUGAAGAGGCUGGCCACAAACUUCUGAAAAUCAAACUAGAGCCAGGUCAAGAGAUGGAGUUGUGUAUUAUGCUCUUGGAGUGUUGCAGUCAGGAGAGAACUUAUCUUCGGUAUUAUGGUCUUUUGGGGCAGCGGUUUUGCAUGAUAAACAAAGUCUAUCAAGAAAAUUUUGAGAAAUGCUUCGUCCAACAAUAUUCAAUGAUUCAUCGCCUUGAAACCAACAAGUUACGUAAUGUUGCCAAGUUUUUUGCCCAUUUACUCGGUACAGAUGCUCUGCCUUGGCAUGUUCUGGCCUAUAUUCGUUUAACUGAGGAGGACACGACUUCUUCUUCCCGUAUCUUUAUAAAGAUUCUCUUCCAGGAAUUGUCAGAGCAUCUUGGCAUUCGGUUGCUGAAUGAGCGGCUCACAGAUCCCACAAUGCAAGACUCAUGUGAAUCCAUUUUCCCGAGGGACAAUCCAAAGAACACAAGAUUUUCUAUCAAUUUCUUCACUUCCAUUGGUCUUGGUGGUAUUACUGAAAACUUGCGUGAAUACCUAAAGAACAUGCCACGGCUUAUCAUGCAACAACAAAAACCUGCUUCAGAAUCAGAAUCAGGUUCAGGAUCAGAUGAUGAAUCUGGUACUUCUGUUUCAUCUGAUUCAGAAACAUCUAAAUCCGACACAGAAUCGUCUAGUUCUGAAGAUGAACGGGACAGAAGGCACAGAAAAAGAAGUAGAAGAAACUAAAGCCAUUUCGGUUGUUCUUUCAAAAAAAAAUCUUGUAGUUUAUGUACUUUCCAGUCUGUAAAAUAUUUUACUUUGCUCGAGCUUCUCUUUUAUUCACAUGGAAAUGUUAAGUUUAGGACAUGUUGAGUAACCAUUUGUAGCAAUGUUUCAUUCAACUCAGUGUUUGUUUAAGCAAAAAAUUGAGCAAAUUUAUAAUCAUUUUGGUUUCUGAGUUCAA